UCAAACAAAGUGAUCCCAAUUCCUCUGACUAUACCCCAUCAAUGUGCUACUAAUGCUUCCGAAGUGGCUCGUAUCACCAACGAACAUCCAAUGGACGCACCCAGUCAACUUUUCCGAGAGGGCGGCCGCCUUUGUGGAGAAUUAGCACCGUGUCGGGCUUUUGGCGAUGUCCGUUACAAAUGGUCAGCUGAUCAAUUACUUGCUCUAGUUAGACAUUUGGCUGGCGAUCAACUGUCAGGACAGCCGAAUUCACCCUCCAGCUUGGUGGGUGCUUCAGGUGUCCUUUUAAACGGACCGUGGGCAGGCCUGCCACCUCUUCCUCGGCCCUACACCAGCCCACCAUAUCUGACCGCCGAACCGGAAAUAACGAAAAUUGAGGCCAUCGCUGCCACCGUAUUCGUGCUACUCAAGCGUUAUAUCCUACACUGCCUCAAGCCUUUCAUAGGACGUAUGCACUAG